UUGUUGAUGCUUGUGCCAGGGAACCCGGGCCUCACUGAAUACUACAUCAGCUACCUCGAUUUUAUUGCUGCAAAGUACCCCCAGUUUGAAAUAAUUUGUCCCUCUCAUGCAGGCUUCCAUACCGCGAGGCCGUUAUCAGCGCCCAGAGACAAGCCCGUGUUCUACAGCUUAAAGGCUCAAAUUAACCACAAAUUGGAGAUUCUCGAUUCGAUGCACCCGGGCACUGAACCCAGAGAUUUGUAUAUUUUGGGCCAUUCUGUAGGGGCUUACAUGGUGCAAAAGAUUGUCCAUAGUUUGGGGCGCAGCGCUGAAAGGCCGUGGAGUGUCAAAUUUGUGGGCCUCAUCACCCCUACCAUCAUCGAUAUCGCCAAGUCUACUAACGGUACCUUUGCCUCUAAGGUUUUCAAAUUCUUGCGGAAGAUUUGUAUCGACCCGGCCAAACUUCUUGCGUUUUUAGCACGCGUCGUUGACAUGCUUUUACCGGUAUGGCUUAUCAAGUUUAUUCUCGUGAGACGGAUGAAGUUGCUGAGCCACCAAGAUGCCACCCAAUCGCUUGAAGCUACAUGUAAUAUAAUCUCCAGUCCGUCAAUUGUGUUUCAAGCUGUUUCCUUAGCCCAAGAGGAAAUGGCUCGGAUCAAACAUGACACCAAAUUUCAGGAGGAAUUUUUCGCCUCCCAUACGAAGAACGGAAAGAUUUGGGCUUACUUUGCUAAAAACGACGGCUGGGUUAGCGACAAGACACGCGAGUUGAUCUUGGACAAGUAUUCCUGUAGGGACAACGUGGUGAUGGUGGUGGACGCAGGCGGACCAAAUGGCAUCGAGCAUUCUUUCUGUAUCAAGCAAAGCGACUCGUUCGCCAGAAUUACGAUC